AUGGUUAAGAACUUGAAGAGAAAAGAGCGCGAUGAGCACGAGUCUGACAGCGAUGAGGAGAUUGAUAUUGCUGGUAAUCUAGUUGCAGAUGGCUCUGACUCCGAGAGUGACGACUCUUCGGAUGGUAGCGACGAGGAAGUACAGGAUGUGAUAGAGUAUAGUAGUGAUGAGGAGGAGCCUGCCAAACCUGCCAAAGCAGUAAAGAAAAAGGUAGAAGACAAGUCCUUCCCUAGCUUAGAGUUGUCGGAUGAUGAAGAUGAGAAGAAGAAAGUGGAUAACGAUGAUGACGAUGUGAAUGCAUACUUCUCAGUGAACACAGAUGCUAAAUCCAAACACAAGAAAGGUAGUUUUGCCAGUUUCGGUCUAUCGAAGUUGAUCCUGGUGAACAUCUCAAAGAGAGGUUUCCGUCAGCCUACACCAAUUCAAAGAAAGACUAUACCUUUAAUUCUGCAGAACAGAGACAUUGUUGGUAUGGCAAGAACCGGUUCCGGUAAAACAGCGGCAUUCGUGUUGCCAAUGAUUGAGAAACUGAAAACACAUUCAAGUAAAAUAGGUGCUCGUGCGAUCAUUCUAUCUCCAUCAAGAGAAUUGGCCAUGCAAACACAUUCGGUGUUUAAAGAAUUCUCAAGAGGUACUCAUUUGAGAAGUGUCUUACUGACUGGUGGUGAUUCUUUAGAAGACCAAUUUGGUAUGAUGAUGACAAAUCCCGAUGUAAUCAUCGCCACACCAGGUAGAUUCCUGCAUUUAAAGGUUGAAAUGAACUUGGACCUGAAAAGUGUUGAGUACGCAGUAUUUGAUGAAGCUGAUAGACUGUUUGAAAUGGGUUUCCAAGAACAACUUAACGAAUUAUUAGCUGCUUUGCCAAGUAGCAGACAAACUUUAUUAUUCUCAGCCACUUUGCCUACAUCUCUGGUAGAUUUUGCCAAAGCCGGUUUGGUUAACCCUGUUCUGGUUAGAUUAGAUGCAGAAUCGAAGAUCAGUGACAACUUAGAAAUGUUAUUUUUAUCGACAAAGAAUGAUGAAAGAGAAGCCAACCUUUUGUAUAUAUUGCAAGAAGUUAUAAAAUUACCGCUAGCAACACCGGAGCAGAUCAAACAGCUGAAUGACAAUAAAGCGGAUGACAGUGAUGAAAGUGCUGAGGAAGAUGAAGACAAGAAGCGUAGAAAGAGGAAAAGUUUUAACAGAAAGGCAAUGCCUAAGGCCAACGAGCUACCUUCUGAAAAGGCUACUGUUGUUUUCGUGCCAACAAGACAUCAUGUUGAAUACUUAUCAAACUUGUUAAAAGAUUGUGGCUACUUAGUCUCCUAUAUCUACGGUGCGCUAGACCAGCAUGCCCGUAAAAGUCAACUUUACAAUUUCAGAAUAGGUCUGACAUCCAUUUUAGUUGUCACAGAUGUUGCCGCUAGAGGUGUGGAUAUUCCAAUGUUGGCUAAUGUGGUUAACUAUUCUCUACCAGCUUCUUCUAAGAUUUUCAUUCACCGUGUCGGUAGAACUGCUAGAGCUGGUAACAGAGGUUGGGCUUAUUCUAUAGUAUCUGAAAAUGAAUUACCAUAUCUGCUAGAUUUAGAACUGUUCCUAGGUAGAAAGAUUCUUUUGACACCAAUGUAUGAGGCACUAGAAAGAUUAUCAAAGGAGAAGUGGGUUGCAGAAGGUAAUGAUGAAACGUUAUUCCAAUCACCAAAGAUUUCUUAUACAAGUCGUAUGGUACUCGGUUCAUGUCCUAGACUGGAUAUUGAAGCUCUUUCAGAGCUUUACAAUAACUUAAUGAAGUCUAACUUUGAUCUUGAUAUGGCUAAGAAAACAGCUUUGAAAGCAGAAAAGUUGUAUUUCAGGACUAGAACUUCUGCCUCUCCAGAAUCCCUGAAGAGAAGUAAAGAAAUCAUCUCAUCGGGUUGGGAUGAACAGAAUGUUCUAUUUGGUAAAAACUUGGAAAAGGAAAAGAAUGCAUUCCUAGAAAAGUUGCAAAAUAGAAGGAAUAAGGAAACUGUCUUUGAAUUUACCAGAAAUCCUGAGGACGAGAUGGCCAAUCUAAUGCAUAGAAGAAGGCGUGCUAUUGCGCCAAUUCAAAGAAAAGCUAAGGAGAGGAAAGAGCUUUUGGAAAAGGAGCGUAUGGCAGGUCUAACUCACGCUCUGGAAGAUGAGAUUUUGAAAGGUGACGAUGCUGAGGUCGGGUAUACUGUCACUGAGGAUACUUUGAAGGCGUUCGAAGAUGCAGACACUAUCUUAGCAGAACAAGAGAACGCUAGUAAGAAAAAGAAGAAAACUUUCAGAGAUCCAAACUUCUUUUUGAGCCACUACGCACCAGCAAAUGAGAUCCAAGACAAGCAAUUAGAACUUUCUGGUGGAUUCAUCAAUGAAGCAGCUCAAUCUGCCUAUGAUCUGAACAGUGACGAUAAGGUCCAAGUUCAUAAGCAAACUGCCACGGUGAAGUGGGACAAGAAGAGAAAGAAGUAUGUUAACAUGAAUGGUAUUGACAAUAAGAAGUACAUCAUUGGUGAAAGUGGACAAAAGAUUGCAGCAAGUUUCAGAUCUGGUAAGUUUGAUGAAUGGUCUAAGGCCAGAAAGCUGGCACCAUUGAAGACAGGUGCCAAUGAGUCUUCUAUUCCGUCUAACCUAUUGGUUGAUCCAACUCGUGGCCCUGGUAAGUCGGGUUCAAAACUACCUAACGGUAAGUUCAAGCACAAAUUGGAAAAGGCACCAAGACUCCCAGAUAAAAAGAGAGACGAUUACCACAAGCAAAAGAAGAAGGUUGAGAGUGCUCUUGAAAGAGGUAUUGCUGUUAAGGGCUACAACAACGCUCCAGCUUUCAAGAGUGAAUUGAAAUCUGUUGCUCAAAUUAGAAAGGACAGAAAGACCAAGGAGAAUAGGCACGCAAAGAACGCAAGACCAAGCAAGAAGAGAAAGUUCUAA